UCCGCCGCUGUGCAGUUUGAGGCUGACUCUCUCGAUACUCAUUGAUCUGAUACCCACUAAUUUGAGGGGCAAAGCCGUGUCCCUCAGCAUGAUGGUUGGCUGUCUGGGCGGACUGGUGGCCAGUCUCUUCGUGGGAUACACCCUGAAGCUCAGCUGCUAUGCCACCUUCAAUACCUUUGUGUUGGCUCUUAUAUUUUGUGCUGUUCUCAUUGCCAUGCUGCCAUCUGAUGCCAAAAUGAGAGCCAGAAAGUACUCCUUGUAGUCAUUCUUGUAUUCGUGUAAAGUCCAUUUAAAUAAAAGCAGACUCUGCCUUAAGCUUCAGCUUUUCUUUUACUUUUCCAGACUUGGAAAUAUAUCUGGGAAAAACAUGGCAGACAUUGACGACGUCUAUCAUAUGCUGGGCUUUGGGCGCAUGCAGCGAAUCAUCUUUGCGUGCUGCGUGCUGAUUCAGAUCUACAUAACGAACGAACAGUUGGGCCUGUCCCUGAUUGUAGCCUCCAGUGCCUGCGAGCUGCAGAUCGACGAUCACCGCAUGUCCUGGCUGAUGAGCGCUGUCUUUACCGCACAGAUCCUGGCGAGUCACUACAUGGGCGACAAGGCGGAUGAGAUUGGGAGACGAAAACUGAUUCUAAUCACGGGUUCCCUGAUGCUCUUCACCUCUCUCCUGUCGGCCUUAAUGCCAGAUUUUUGGUCCUUUCUGGUGAUGCGCUUUCUAGUAGGUGUCUUUGUGACGGGACCCACAGUGUCUAUGCAGACGUACCUGAGCGAGUUCACAAAGUUCUCCCUGCGACCCAAAGUGCUCAACUAUGUUAGCUAUUCCAUAGGUCUAAGCAUGAUCUAUGUGCCAUGUAUUGCUGCUUUGGUGAAGGUAAAUCUGCCCAUCUACAACGCUUACACUUUCUCCAGCUGGCGUCUGCUGAUCCUGCUGAAUCUGCUGCCCGGCAUUACUGCUUUCAUCAUGCUCUAUCGACUGCCCGAGAGCCCAAAGUAUUAUCUGUCGGUCAACGAGGAUGCCAAGGCCAUGGCGGUGCUGGAGCAAUGCUGCCGCCUGAACAAGGGCAAGGAUGUAACCCUGGCCAGCCUGGGCGUGGACUCGGUCACGCAGCCUCGUUUGCGUGGUGCUACCAUCAAAAGGAACUGUGUGGCUCGCCUGUGGUACGAGUCCCUGCCGCUGCUGGAGCGGCCCUACUUCCGCAACUUUUUCCUCACAUCCGCAGGUGUUUUCGUGCAAUUUGGCGUGAGUUUUGGUCUGGGCGUGUGGAUGCUGCGGGUACGCCAUCUCAUUCUACAAGUGGAGGAGACCGAGACGAUCUGUGAGCUGAUGAGGAAGCAUGGACAUCAUAAAAUAGAGCUGCCCACGGUGAGCUGGGAGAUCUUGAAUGUUAUAUUUCCUCUACUCAUUUCCCCCCCUUCUGUCUUGCAGUGUGAUUUAACUUUUAAAAACGUCAAGGACUCCAUUUACCACGGUGUCUUUGUGCUUUUUGCCUUCAUUUUGACGAGCUUUCUGCUGAUGUGCAUUAGGCGUAGAACCAUUAUCGUGAUUUACCUUCUAACGGCUGCCCUGGCUGGUUUUUUGGUGAACUUUGUCACGAACGAUACACUGAUAUUGAUUGUAUUCCUGCUGCUGAUUGUGCCGCCGAUUUGCAGCCUGCGACUGACCACAUCCCUACUCAUAGAUCUGAUACCCACACAUCUCAGGGGCAAAGCCGUUGCUCUUUGCUUGAUCUUUGGACGCACUGGUGUACUCACUUCCAGUUUAUUCAUUGGCUACACCCUCAGGCAGCUUUGCUAUGUGACCUUCAAUGGCUUUGUGCUGGCCAUCAUUGCUUCCGCGAUCCUCAUUCUGCUGCUGCCCUCGGAGAGUAAAAUGAUGGACAACCUGUCCAAGUAGUACAACCUGUCGGCUGCU